AUGGAGAAUCCAGUUGGUAGAAAAGUUGUAGCGUCGCUAGCUGCAGUAGUUGCGACGCUACUGAUGAUGAUGCUCCCGUCACUCGGUGGCGCGGCGGCACCAGCUGUGGCAGCCACCGGCACCGGGGAAGGGGCGCCUGGGAGGAGCAACGACUGCACCAGGAGCUGCGGCAACAUCAGCAUCCCAUACCCGUUCGGCAUCGAGCCCGGCUGCUACCACACCUCCUGGUUCAACCUCACCUGCAACCACUCCUACCAGCCGGCGAAGCUGUUCCUCGGCGACGGCACCGUGCAGGUGCUGGAGAUCUCCGUCCCCAACGGCACGGUACGCAUCAACAGCACCCGCUUGCUGUACACGGUCGACGUGGGGGUGAGCACCGCGAGCGGGACGUGGGGCAAGGGCCUCCCACGCGGCGGGCCAUUCUUCCUGUCGGAGUCGAGGAGUAGCGUGGCGUUGGUCGGCUGCGGUGCGCAGGUGGAGAUCCGAGGGGGAGACGACAACAGCCUGGUCGCGUCUUGCGCCGCUGUCUGCCCGCUCGACGGCGGCGGGAGGAUAGUGGUCGACACCAGCAGUGCCUGCGCAGGCGUCGGCUGCUGCCAGGCCAACAUCGUCCUGGGCUACGAUUUCUACAGCAUCCAGAUCCACAAGCUCAACGGGUCGGUCUAUGCUCUUCCAGCCUCUGUGUACUUCGUUGACCAGGGUUUCAGACAUACCGAGGACAUGAGUGCAGUUUACGGCCACUUCCCUGAGUCGCUCCCGGCCACGCUAGGGUGGGUGACCAGUAACUACACGUGCGCCUCUCCGUAUAGAAACCUUAACCCUUACGACAGCCCCAGCUCUAGCGAAUGCUUCGUCGGCAACUACAGUGUUUGCGUAGAAGGACCUUACAAUGUUGCUGAUCGUGGGAGUCGGUGCGGCUGCGAGGUUGGUUAUCAAGGCAACCCUUACUUCCCAGAUGGAUGCCAAGAUAUCGACGAAUGUACUUCUCCGGACAUCUACCCAUGUUAUGGCGACUGCAAGAAUAUCCCAGGGGAUUUUAUUUGCCUCUGCCCUCAUGGCUAUUAUGGAAAUGCUUCUGUUCCAAAUGGAUGCCAAGACAUAAAUGAGUGUCAGGACCCGGAAGCCCACUCCUGCUACGGCAUCUGCUUGAACUUACCAGGAACUUUCCAGUGCCAAUGUCCUAGUGGAACCUAUGGAAAUUCUUCCCAAAAAUGGGGAUGUGUUACAAUCAAGAACACAAUCGCAGCAUCUGGUUUAAGCAUCGGGCUAGGAGUAUCUGGUGGCACAAUUCUUUUGCUUCUAGCAUUUGGUAGUCCUUUCAUAAUUCGAAAAGUCAAGGAGAGAAAACAUAAGAACAUGAAAGAGAAAUAUUUCAAGCAGAAUCAUGGUUUACUAUUGCAGCAAUUGAUAUCGCAUAAUGCAGACAUUGGUGAAAGGAUGAUAGUUACAUUAAGAGAGCUAGAGAAGGCUACAGACAAUUUUGAUAGAUCUCGCAUAGUUGGUGGUGGAGGGCAUGGUGUUGUGUUCAAAGGAAUUCUAAAUUUGUAUGUCGUGGCAGUGAAGAGAUCAAAGAUUGUAGUGCAAAGAGAAAUCAACGAAUUCAUAAAUGAAGUUGCAGUUCUUUCUCAAGUGAACCAUAGAAAUGUAGUGAAGCUCUUAGGAUGUUGUCUUGAGACGGAGGUUCCACUUCUUGUUUAUGAGUUCAUUUCAAAUGGAACACUAUAUCAUCAUCUUCAUGUUGAAGGACCAGUAUCACUAAGAUGGAAUGAUCGGGCAAGGAUUGCGCUAGAAGUUGCUAAAGCAUUGUCCUAUUUACAUUCAGCUACCUCAAAGCCAAUAUUUCAUAGAGAUAUUAAGUCCUCCAAUAUACUUCUUGAUGAGACUUUAACUUCAAAGGUAUCAGACUUUGGAGCUUCAAGAUACAUCCCAAUUGAUCAAACAGGGGUAACCACAGCGAUUCAAGGUACAAUGGGUUAUUUAGAUCCGAUGUACUAUUACACAGGCAGACUAACAGACAAGAGUGAUGUCUUUAGCUAUGGUGUGCUUCUCAUAGAAUUGCUUACUAGAAAGAAACCGUUUGCCUACCGAUCUGAUGGUGGUGAUGGUAUUGUUUCAUAUUUCGUCUCACUACUCACAAAAGGCAAACUGUUGGACAUAAUAGAUCCUCAGGUCAUUGAGGAAGAAGAUGGAGAAAUCCAAGAAGUAGCUGCACUAGCGGCAAUGUGUACUAAGCUGAAGGGAGAAGAUCGGCCGACAAUGAGAGAAGUAGAGAUGACACUUGAGAAUCUACUAGUUAAGAAGAAACAUGUUCCCUGCGAUACAACAUUAAGAAUACAUGGUGAUAAGGAAACUAUGGCUCAUUGGAUGUCAAAUGAACAAGUUUCUACUGAAACUAGCAGACAAUACACUAUAGAAGAGGAAACGCUAUUGUCUGCGAGGUAG